AUGAUUCCAUUGAUUUUUAUUCUCAUUCUAAUCAGUACCAUACUCUUAUUUCUUGCUCUGUUGAUUCAUUCACGAGAAUAUUUCAAGCCACCUUCAUCUAUUUACGGCAAACAUAGAAUCAAAUAUACUAUUCCUCCAUCAGUGAACAUUGUUACACGAAGAUUAUCAUCGUACCGAUCGAGUUUAUCCAAUGAAUCUGAGUCCGAUUCGACAAAAAUCAAUCAAACACGUUCACAUAGUUUAGCAAACAAUCUCUUUGUGACAAGAUGUACCAAUCGACGGCGAAGUUCAAUUAUUGACUCGAAACAGAUGGCCCAAAUUCAGUUUUCACUUCCACUCACGGCAGACAAACUUCGCCGACGAUCAAUUGCUAUCUGUCACAAUCUACUUGACGGAAAACAUAGUACACUCGAUUCGCUCAUAAAAACAAUUGCAUCAUCGAAACAAUAUUCUCCAUGUUUAAUGUCAUUUUCAAUAACAUAUUGUAAAUCGUCGCAGUUAAAAUUACAAUUUCAUUCGUUAACAUCUCUACCUUUAAAUAUUCAACAAUUAACAAUCAAGGUGAAGUUAAGUCCUGACGGUAAAGUUAAAGAUUUAACAAUGAAGAAUGUGCUCCCGGAUGAGAAUGUCUUUGCACGUGACUCGAACGAACACUCCGUUCUAUUUUCUCAUGUUUCACCGAAUAAGAUUCACGAGAAAACUUUAGUUAUGAAAUUUUACGGCAAAGAUCAAGCGAAGAAACAUGUUCAUCUCGGGCAAAUUGGAAAGAUUCAUUUCACUGGAGUUGGUAAUAUUGAAAAUGAAAAUGAAAUGAGUUUUACGCAUGAAAUUGAACAUAUUAAAAUGUCAUCGAUUGAAGUUCUCGUUUCUCUUGAGCAAACCAAUGAUCAUAAUUUAAUUGUUGAUAUUCAACGUAUCAAAGGUUUAAAAGUCGAUCAAAAAAAUCUCGCGGCAACGUGUUUCUUUCGAAUUAUUCUUCUCGAUCGUCAUCGUCCAUUGUCAACUCAUGAGACGAAAUAUCACCGAUUGAAUUCAUCAUCGUUUGUCUUUCAUGAUCCAUUGAAUUUGAAUAUUUUAGCAUUUAACUCUACUCAUCUCGAUCGAUUAAUGCUGAUGAUCGAUCUCUAUUCGAAUGCGAAUCAAACCGAUGAACACAGAUGCAUCGGACGUAUCAAAUUUGGCUCUUCAUUCCUUUGUUCCGGCAGUGGAACGAUUCACUGGCAACAAUUUCGAGAACGACAGGCAUUUUCUAUGUGGCAUACUUUAAUCAAGCAAGGCUUAGUUCAUAAUCAAGUUUAUAUACUCAUUCUGGUAAAUAUUUUGAAAGCUAUUCGAGAGGAGGAUCAAAGCCUUCACUGGUACUUCAAACAUCACCUGAAAAUGAGUUCGUCGUCCGAAACUUUACCAUCAGGUUUUGUCUACGUGCACACUGUGAUACCAGAUAUUCAAGUUAGCUUACGUUAUGCUACUGAAGAAAAUUUUGUAGGGAAGAUUGUCGAUGGUUACUAUUCGGAGACAGUGUCAAUUAUGACAGAAGCAGCAGCUUUGGCUCUGAAACGUGCACAAGAAUUAGCUAAAGACAAAGGCUAUGAAUUGGUUAUUUAUGAUAGUUAUCGACCACAGAAAAGUGUCAAUCAUUUUGUUAGAUGGAGUGAAGAUGCUAACGAUCCUCAAACGAAGAAAACGCAUUAUUAUCCUCGAGUUGACAAAGUAAAUUCGUUUAAAUUGGGAUAUAUUGCAAAAAAAUCGGGUCAUACACGAGGAAGUACUAUUGAUUUAACGAUCAUUCCUAUCGGAGAACGUGUUAAACGUCCUUUGACAUCAAUCGAAAGAACGCUGAAGGAUAAUUCAACAAUUUUGUUCCUUGAUGAUGGUACAGUCGAUAUGGGUUCAUCGUUCGAUUUGUUCGACGAAGCAUCUCAUACAAAUAGUUCACUUGUCAAUGAAACUCAACAGCAAAUGCGGCAAAUGUUUAAAAAUAUUAUGGAACAAGCUGGCUUUGUCAAUUAUUCAAAAGAAUGGUGGCAUUACACACUCAAAAACGAACCAUUUCCCAGUACAUACUUUGAUUUUGAUGUUAAAUCGACAUAUUGA